UGACGGACGCCAUUGCCGCGGCUUUUGAGAGGGCGCUUGGUCAGCGCCGAGAUGUCUUCUGCCGCCUCGUCCUCCUCCGCCUCCGAUGACACGGAGGCUUCCUCCGGAGCCGGAGCGACCAAGGCGGCGGCGGCAGCGGCGGCGCUGCUGCUUUGGGAGCGCGCCUGGUCCCUCGAAGAGAUUCGCUCCAGGAGCCAGUCGUGGUCCCUGGCGGCCGACGCGGGGCUUUUGCAGUUUCUGCAAGAAUUCUCCCAGCAAACAAUCUCCAGGACCCAUGAAAUAAAGAAGCAGAUGGACAGACUGAUUCACGAAACUAAAAGUAUAGAUUGCCGCCUACAUAAUGUCUUCAAUGGUUUCCUCAUGCUUUCAAAUAUGCAGUUCAUUGAAAACAGAGUUUAUGAUGAUGAAAUGGAUGAACUCAUAUCCAAAACUGAAGGAGGAGACAAAUUAGAACAGGAGAAAACCCGUGAACAGAAAGAAGCUGAUUUGAUUCCCAAGAUUCAGGAAGCCAUCAAUUUUGGGCUGCAGGUAUUAGACAGUGCCUUUGAACAACUGGACAUCAAAGCAGGGAACUCAGACUCUGAAGAAGAAACCAAUGAAAGGCUGGAACUAAUACUGGAGCCUAAGGACCUUUAUGUUGAUCGACCUUUGCCAUACUUAAUUGGCUCCCAGCUGUUUAUGGAACAAGAUGAUGUUGGGCUUGGUGAUCCUUCCACUGAAGGUUCAGUGGAUGGUGACCAUGGAAGCCUAAUAGACAGUGAAGGAAAAGAAGAAGAGGAACUAGAAGAAUUUGGGACUAUAAGUGAUGAAGAUCAGAAACAGAGAACAGUACUAAUGAGUGAUGAAGAUGAAGAUCUUUUUGGUGACUAUGAAAAAGAGGAAGAGGGUGACCUAGAAGAAAAUACAUCAUUGAAAAGACCCACAUCGUUUACUGAUGAGCUUGCAGCCCGAAUCAAAAGGGAAGAGCUAAGUAAAGAACAGAAAGAACAAUUACAUACGAAAAAUAAGACUACAGUCCCUAUUAAGGAAGAUGUUAAUGUUCACUCAGAUGAUGAGGAUAUCUUUAAACCUCCCAAGCUGACAGAUGAAGAUUUCUCACCAUUUGGUUCUAAAGCUGGACUCUUCAGUGGUGGGACAGGACUCUUCGAUGAUGAGAAGGAUCUUUUUGCUGAAUUGCCAAAAGAGGAAGAUUCAAAGGAAAAAGAAACACGAAUACCAAUAAAUGAUGAACCUUCAUUAAAAGCAGUAAAGAAAGUUCCUCCUGGAGCAGUUUCUCUCUUUCCAGGUAUAAAUGAUGUAUUUAGUCCUUCAGUUCUGCUGGAGAAAGAGAAUAAAAAGUUGACAGAAUCAAUCACAGAUAAAUCUCCCAAGCAAUAUGAAGCUCCUGGUCUAUUUGAGGAAGAUAACAAUUUUGAAUCCAGUAAGAGUAGUAGUGUUGUAGCCAAACCUUCUGUGGACUUCUUUGAUGCUGAUGGGGAUCUAUUCAAGGAAAAGGCUGACAUUGCAAAAAACAGUCAAUCUUCUUCUGAUAAGAAGUUCAAAAAUUUAACUCCAACACCUUUCAAGAGUCAGAAAGGCCUAUUCUCUGAUGAAGAGGAUUCUGAAGAUUUGUUUUCUUCACAUCAGCCUACAGAAGUGAAGAAUUCAUCUUUGUCAUCUACUAAAGUAACGAUAAAAACUUCAUUGUCUUUGUUUGAAGAUGAGGAAGAAGAGGACCUCUUUGGAUCUGUGCCAAAGAUUUCAAAAUCUUCUCAGGAGAGAACAGCCACCUUAUUUUUCAGCAGUGAUGAAGAGGUACCAUGUUCAGAAGUUAUUAAAACGUGGGUCUGCAACAUGAAGCCAAAUUUGUUUACUAUAGAACCUUCAUUGCUUGGGAAUUGUUUACAUAUGAUGGUUUCAUUUGCUCUGUUUCAAGCCAAUGAUCAUUGUAAUAAUAAAAAAGAGGUCAAAGCUACUUCUGAAGGAAGUAAAAAAAAGGUUCCUGUAAAGUCUGCUUAUGGGUCCAGUCAACCGAUUAAGAGAAGCCUCUUUGAAGAAGAAGGAGGAGGAGGAGAAGAUGAUUUUGUUGUUACCACAAAAGACAGUAAAAAAACACCUCAGAAAACUGCUGCUCUAUUUGAAGACGGUACCUUGCACUACAGCUCUCAACCAGCCUUAACCAGCCCUCAACCAGCCUCAUCUGAUGCCCAAACAAUAACAGUACGUACAGAUCAACAGAAAGAUUUCAUGGAAACACCUCAAAAGAAAUUAAUAGAAAAGAAGGCAGGACCUUCGGAAGAAUCUGGUAUACAUCAUGGUUAUGAUCUUGGAGAAGAAGAAAAUGUAUUGGAGCAACAAAGGAAGGAAAAACUCUUUUUGGAGAAAGAUGCCAAGAGAAAAAUGCGAAGUGCGUACAGUUUGUUUGAGGAAGAGGAGAAAAAUGAAGUUAUGGAUUCUAGUAAGAAUAAACAUAUUGGAAUAGGGAAGCCUUCAGAGAAGAGCACAGGUGUGUUUCAAGAUGAAGAACUUCUCUUCAGCCGUAAACUGCAGGAAGACAAUGAUCCUGAAGUUGACCUUUUUGCUAACGAAAAAGUGAUUUCAAGCCCUAAAGCAAAAUUAUCAUCUGGAGAAUGGCUAUUUGGGACUGAUGACAAUGGUGACGAUGGUCUGUUCAGCAAUUCUGCCACAAAGUCCUUGGUACUGGAAAAGAAAAUGAAAAUAGAGAAAGACAGCACCAUUUUGUCCUUGGAAAAGGAUAGUAAAGUUCUGCAGACUAAUCAAAAUGAGAAACAGGGAGAAUCAAAAACUCAGGCCACUGAGGGAGAAUUGGAAAUUAACACAAAAGAUAAACUGUACAAGAAAACUACUGCGAAACCACCUUCAAAGGGACCAUCUCACUUACCUGAUGACACAAAGCAUACCAAAGUAGCUUCCACAAGAAAUACUACAGAGAUGGGAGUUAGUUUUGGUAACCCUAUGAAAGCCAACACAUUGCAAAAUGUCAACAAGGGAAGAAUCAAAGUGAGCGGGCAACGAAGACCACCAACCAGAACUGCCAGGCGAUUAGCUAUUGAAGAACUUGACAAAAAUGAAAUAAAUACUUCAGAGAACGCCUCUCUGCCUAUCUUAAAAGGAAAGGCUGGACCACCAACUAUAUUAUAUAAUAGUGAACUGCACAGAAAUAAAAAUACUGAAAAAGUUUGCUCGGUUCCAUCAACCAACAGCAGCAACCAAUCCAAUGAGUCAAAAUAUAGCCCUCUUUUAAAACCAACAGCCUAUUCUGAUGCGAAUGAUCUCUUCGAGUCGGACAAUCUUUUCACCAAGGAUAACAAUUCUAAAGCAGCCUUCAGACAAAAACCAACCCUGGAAACUGAAAGCAUUGUAAGCCAGGUUUCAAAAAGUGAGGAGCUCUUUCCUGCUGCACAAGGGAGUACAAGUUGCGAUGAUCUCUUUCACUCUAGAAAGACAUUAAAGAAAUUAAGUCCUGUCCCUUUCCCGGAGGAAGAACAGGAUGUCUUCAUCACUAGUAAGAAAACUGUGAAGAGAAAAGAAGAGGAACUCACACCUCAGUUACAUCAAAGCUUCCCAAUCCAUGACAUUUUUGAGGAUGAUAUAUUUGCAGUAGAAACUGUUAAGCUGCCAGACAAAGCAAAAGAGAUGGAAGUCAAUUUGUUUGAUGAUGAUGUUGACAUCUUUGCUGAUCUUGCUGUAAAAUCAAAGGAAAAGAGUACCAGAAAGAAGAUGGAAGCUAUAUCUAUAUUUGACGAGGACACAGAUGAUAUCUUUUCCCCUGCUAGUCAAUCUAAGACAUCAACAAAAAAGACCGUCUUUCAGUCAGUCUCAGGAAGUAAGCGUGAAGUUAGAACAGCAAGCACUUUUGACGACCCUCUCAAUGCAUUUCAAGGGCACUAAUAAAGAGACUGCUGGCAAAUGUAUUUUCAACUUGUCACUGAAUGUUUCCUUCAUUUUCUGAUCAAAUACCUGACGUGACAAAACGGAAUAUUCCUGGACUCAUUCACUUAUCUAUUUUACUCCAUGUGACAUUUUAAAAAAAUAUUAUAAAAGCUAUUUGAGCAAACAAUAAUUGUCCUAAUCAGCUUGUUACUGGUAAUGUAAUAUAUAUAUAUAUAUAUAUGUAUAGUAUAAAUCAAAAUUACAGAACAUUUAAUAUCGAUAAAUGGCAUUUAC